UAAACAACGACGGCUGCUUUGUAAAAGCCCUCGCAUCACACUCUCAAAGCUCACACGCACAACUGCCGCAUACAUACAUGGCGACGCCACAGGCGGGGCCUGGGCCGCCAGGGUUGGAGGGGGCCCCAGCGCCUCCGCCAGCGCCUCCAGGCACGGACAUGACGGGGAUAUGCUUCAGGGACCAGCUCUGGCUCAACACCUACCCUCUCGACCGCAAUCUCGUCUUCGAUUACUUCGCCCUCUCGCCGUUCUACGACUGGACCUGCAACAACGAGCAGCUUCGCAUGCGCUCCAUUCACCCCCUCGAUCUCUCCCACCUCUCGAAAAUGACUGGCACAGAAUUCAUGCUACAUGAAGUUAUGGAGCCCCAUCUUUUUGUUAUCCGCAAGCAAAAGAGGGAUGGUCCUGAAAAAGUUACACCAAUGCUGACUUAUUAUAUUCUGGAUGGUUCAAUUUACCAAACACCACAGCUUUGCAAUGUUUUUGCUGCUCGAAUUGGACGGGCUCUCUAUUAUAUAUCAAAGGCUUUCACUACUGCUGCCUCAAAGUUGGAGAAGAUUGGAUAUGCUGAUACUGAAAAUGAGAGUGCGGCCUCGGAAUCAAAGGUUGUUAAAGAGACAAUUAAUUUUAAGGAAGUUAAGCGAGUAGAUCAUAUCCUUUCAUCAUUGCAACGCAAGUUACCACCAGCUCCCCCUCCCCCGCCAUUUCCAGAAGGCUAUGUUCCCCCUUCUACUGCAGAUGCAGAGAAAGGACCCGAAGGCCAGCAAUCAGGAGAACCACAACCCCCUCUAGUUGAUCCUGUUAUUGAUCAAGGUCCGGCUAAAAGAAUGAAAAUUUGAAGAACAUUUGGCUGCCCAAUUUAUUACAUCAUCCAAUAGCAUGUUGAAGUGGAGGCUGGGCAUGACAAAUUUUUCAUGCUGCCAAGUCCUGACUUGAAUGUCUAACUAACUACAUUUUGUCUGUUUUCUGUCUCUUAGACCUUAAUAUUUAAAGCUCUCAGUCGACGAUCCUUUGUAAAAUGUGCAAAUCAUUCUAGCCAGGUAUCUUGCAGUCCAAUGUAGUCGUCUAAGAUGAACAUGUAUUUUAUAAAUGAACAUGUUAAUUUUCCUUUA